AGGUUAAUUCUUAUCAUUGUUUUACGUUUACUCCUGCGAAGAUGUCGAUGAAUUGUGAUUGUGAUUAGUUCGAUAAUGAUGCGGUUUUGUUCUUCGUACAGUUCUUUUUACAUUUUAAAACUGCCGCAUAACUUGAUUGUAAUUUUGAACACAUUUGCUAUAAAAUUAUUGUGCCUUAAUUUCGUAUCAUGAGUGAUAAAAAAUGGAUAACGUUUUUAGAUUUCAAUUUCCAACCGUAAUACAUUAGGUUUAUACGUGUUGCAUCUUAGUUCAAGUUCCUUCGAAAGUGUUUCAAUUAUCAACUGAUCACGAUGAGUCGAAUGACCAAGAGAUUCCUGUCGAAAGCUCGAAAUAAAAAUGGUAAAGAUGUAUCUACAACGAGUGGUAAUCUGGACGAAGAAAUGGAAAAGGUGUUCGCUAUGUCCGGUAACGAUAAAUUCGAUCUUUCUCAUUUCGCCGGAGACGAAGAACCCGAGCAGAAAUCUCAUAGACGUUACAGCGAAGGAGAAUUUAGUAACGCCCACCGAAAAAGAAGCUAUCCUCAUAUUCACUUGCCAAUCAAAGGACUGAAAUCGCAUUCAUCGAGGAAAUCCAAUCCAUCGAAUGUUCCUCGCGACGUGAACGUAGCAAACGCGAAUCAGGACAUCGUCGAUGGAAAAAGUACCAAUGAACCUCCACACGAGAAAGUAUUACCGCGGAACGACGAAGACAGAAAAGAAUUUCUAUUCUAUGAUGACGAAGAAGACGACAACGAAGAAGAUUCAUCAUCGUGCAAAGAGGCCGCAUUGUCGGAACGAGCAGCAGCCAGAUCUGGCGCACAUGUCAGCGAGUCUCCCGAUAAACGGGUUCAGUUUGAUAUCGAAUCUCCUCCCUCCGAAACUGAGCAUCACCAAAGCUGCCCCGACGAAUCAUAUAAAAAUACCACAAACAUAUCGGAACCGGAACCACUUCGCAAAGCUAAAAGAAAACACAGCCAUCAUAAAAGAUCUAGAAAGCAUUCGGAUGCAAGUAAGCCACGUUCCAAGAAGUUAGCAAGCGAUGAAACCGAAAAUAAUCCUCUCGAAUUGAUUUUACAAUUAGAAGAACCUUUGCAGGAAUUCGUUCAAGAUGAUUUAGCCAGUCAUAGAUUUGAUUUUUCUCGCCGAGAUAAACGCAGAUUUAGCGCCAAAUCUACCAUAUCGUCGCUUUUAAACAGAAGACCUACCGAAAGCAGUAUUAUUUCAUCACUUCCGUUGAAAAUAUAUAAGAAACAUUUCGAUCAUAGUCCGCACGAGGUUUUUGUUCAACUAGACGAGCUAAUUGGCGCAGGCGAAGAACGAGAAUGGAAAGAGACAGCUCGCUGGAUCAAGUACGAAGAAGACGUCGAAGAAGGAGCCGAUCGUUGGGGUCGUCCUCAUGUAGCUUCGCUGAGUUUUCAUUCGUUGUUGAACUUACGUCGAUGCUUGGAAACAGGUGUCGUAUUGCUCGACUUGGAGGAGAAAGAAUUGCCAGGAGUUGCGUAUCGAGUUGUCGAGCAAAUGGCCAUCGAUCAGUUGAUCAAGGAAGAUGAAAAAGCUACCGUUAUUCGGGCUCUUUUAUUACGUCAUCGACAUGUCAACUAUCACGAAAGGUUUCGAUUCAUGAGACGUAACACGUCAAGUUACACGAGCUUACAGAAUUUACACGAAGAUCAGAAAGGAAAAGGCAGUAAGCAGAAUGCGGCGCAAGAUGGAAAUUGUACUAAAAAUUAUGCAUUUAACGCCGAUGGAAGUGUUAAAGGAGCUACUACUAUCGAUAUGAAAGAAGAAACGUGUUAUUCAUCGUCCGUCGAAGAUCUCGCUCGUAAAGCUCAAAAAGAUAAAGAAAGUAUCUUGAAGAGGAUUCCUGCCGGAGCCGAAGCUACGACCGUAUUAGUCGGUACCGUUGAUUUUCUACAAGAAGCAGCCAUCGCUUUUGUACGAUUAGCAGAAGGGAUUUAUUUACCAGCUGUUACCGAAGUGACAAUUCCUGUCAGAUUUAUGUUCAUUUUACUCGGUCCACCGAAAGCUGAUAUUGAUUAUCAUGAAGUUGGUCGAUCGAUAUCCACGUUGAUGUCUAAUGCGGAUUUCCAUAAGAAAGCGUACAAAGCCACUGAUAGACGAGAUUUGCUCAGAGCUAUCAACGAAUUCCUCGAUUACAGUAUAGUGCUUCCUCCUGGUAAUUGGGAAAGAGAUGCUCUGUUAUCCCUACGUGAAUUAAGUGCUAAAAAUGAAGCCAUUAGAAAAAGACGCAACCGAUCUAACACUGUACUCUUUGGUAAAGAUGACUCUAAAAAAGAAGGCCAACGGUUAUUUGACGAAGACGGUGCUGGAAGCGGUGACGACGAUCGUGACGACCCAUUACGCAGGACAAAUACCCCUUUCGGUGGUUUAAUCAACGAUAUAAAAAGAAGAGCACCGUUUUAUAAAUCGGAUUUCCUGCAGGGUAUUAAUGGACAAUGUCUUUCAGCCGCCAUCUUCAUGUAUUUUGCUGCCCUAUCAGCGGCCAUCACAUUCGGCGGUUUAUUCGCCGGUAAAACGAAAAACAUGAUUGGUAUAUCGGAAACAUUGUUGUCGACGUGUGUAGCCGGUGUUAUAUUUGGCUUUAUGGCCGGACAGCCUUUAGUUAUCAUUGGAACCACUGGACCUUUAUUGAUGUUUGACGAAUCUCUUUUCAAGUUUUGUAUCGAAAAUCGCAUCGAUUACCUUACAAUGAGAAUGUACAUAGGUUUCUGGUUAUUCGUGAUCGCCAUUCUCGUAGCCAGCGUCGAAGGAAGCGUUUUCAUCAAAGUUUUCACCAGAUUCACCGAAGAAAUUUUCUCAUCUUUGAUAUCGCUGUUGUAUAUUUACGAAAGUAUUUCGAAUUUAAUUUCGGUAUUCAAACGAAAUCCGUUGAUGAGAUUGGAUGAUUACUGUUCGUUGACCGAACCAGUUGUAGCUGCUCUUGUUAUGAAUGAUACACAGUUACUAAACAAUAUCACCACCAACGACACGAACAUGGCUGACCCUAGCCCUAUACCAGACCAUGGCCCUGUUAAGAUGAACGUGAUACCUUUGAAUCAGCCAAAUACAGCUUUAUUUUGUAUGAUUCUCUGCCUCGGAACAUUUUUCCUCGCGUAUUAUUUACGUCAUUUUAGAAACAGUAAAUUUCUCGGUCGAAGCGUUCGACGAGCUUUAGGAGACUUCGGUGUACCGAUCGCGAUUGUCACGAUGGUGACUUUGGAUUACGUCGUGCCGCAGACAGAUACGUACAAACUCACCGUACCGACCGGUCUGACUCCUACGAUCGACAGAAGCUGGCUCGUGUCACCUUUAGGAUCAGACGGAGAGUUCCCUAUUUGGGCCAUGUUCGCUGCCGUUGUACCUGCCGUAUUAGUUUAUAUUCUCGUAUUUAUGGAAACGCAUAUCAGCGAGUUGAUUAUCGGUAAGAAGGAGAGAAAAUUGAAGAAAGGCAACGGAUUCCAUUUAGAUAUAGUUUUAGUUUGUUUUACCAACGUGGCCUGCGGUAUGAUCGGUGCUCCUUGGAUGUGCGCAGCUAGCGUUAGAUCUAUUACUCAUGUUUCGGCGGUCACGGUUAUGUCGACGACUCACGCUCCUGGUGAUAAACCGCAUAUUAUCGAAGUUAAAGAGCAGCGAGUUAGUGCACUGGUGGUUUCCACGUUGACGGGAUUGUCGGUUAUUAUGGCUCCGUACCUGCGUUUGGUUCCAAUGGCGGUGUUGUUUGGUGUCUUCCUUUACAUGGGGGUGUCGUCUAUCGGCGGUGUGCAAUUUUUCGAAAGGUUGAAGUUGUUCUUGAUGCCGGUUAAGCAUCAUCCGCAGACAGCUUAUGUUCGAAAAGUACCAACUGUGAAAAUGUAUCUAUUUACCCUGAUACAGUUGAUGUGCUUAGCGGUGCUGUGGAUAAUUAAAUCAUCGGCACUAUCUCUUACGUUUCCGUUCUUCCUUAUUUUAAUGGUGCCUUUACGAGCUCAGUUAUCGAUGAUUUUUACUUCUUCCGAACUUAGAGCUUUGGACAGCGAUGAACCUGAUGCAAUUGAUAAGGAAGACGACGAGCCGGACUUUUAUGCUGAAUCUUUACUACCGGGCUAAGGCUGGAACGAUAGCCCACUUCCUAUAUUUUGUCGUGAUAUUUUUCACAUAGCGCUUGAUUUUUAAAUAUGUGAAUUGUUUUAUUUGUGUAUUACCUAUAUGUAUGUAGAUCAUUACGAACUUUUAAAAAUAAACGAAAAAAUACAGAUUUUACAGAGUCGA